AUGCGUGAGAGGACCUCUCAGAACUGGAGUACGGGCCACUGGCUGCUGGUACUUUCCCUGGCCUGCCUGUGGACCCGCCUUGCCUCAGCUUCCUUGCAGCCGCCAACUCCCACAGUCCUGGUGAAACAGGGCACCUGCGAGGUGAUUGCUGCUCAUCGCUGCUGCAACCGGAACCGCAUCGAGGAGCGCUCCCAGACUGUCCAGUGCUCUUGCUUUUCUGGCCAGGUGGCGGGCACCACGCGGACAAAGCCCUCCUGCGUGGACGCCUCCAUUGUCCUGCAGAAGUGGUGGUGUCAGAUGGAGCCCUGCCUGCCGGGGGAGGAGUGCAAAGUGCUCCCGGAUCUGUCAGGAUGGAGCUGCAGCAGCGGACACAAAGUCAAAACCACCAAGGGCUUUGUCAACCACACGGAUGCCAUCGUGCUGGAUGGACCUGCCAGCAGCGCGCCGGCGCGGGAGGAGGACGACGACGGCGGGGAGCUGCAGCGCCGCUUCCGGCCACACGAGGGCGCCCCGCGCUGCCGCAUCCAGCCUGGGGCGCUGGACCCGAGGGGGGCCGGGGAGGGCGCCUUCUGCGGGGUGAGGGGCAGCGGGGAGUAG